CUCAAGAAUGUUCUUUAUUUCCAAGCUGGACUUGGAGUCCUGGCCAAUAUGUUUCUUCUUUGUUUCUAUGUUUUCAUAAUCUUAGGUCUCAGACCUAAGCCCACGGACUUGAUCUCCUGUCAAUUGACUUUAAUUCACAUAAUGAUGUUCCUUAGUGCAGGGGAUAUUUGGCUUGGAGACUUAUUCACAUCACUGAACAUUGAGAAUGACUUCAAAUGUAAGGUAACUUUUUAUAUAAAUAGGGUGAUGAGAGGCCUCUCUAUCUGCACCACCUGUCUCCUGAGUGUGGUUCAGGCUGCCACUAUCAGACCCAGUACCUCACUGUUAGCAAAAUUUAAACGAAAACUAAAAAAAUACAUAAUAUAUGCUUUCUUCUGUAUUUUGUCUUUCAAUAUAUCAUUUAGUAGUACCUAUAUCUUCUUUGUUGGUGCUUAUACCAACGUGAGUGGGACCAGUCAAAUGAAGGUCAGUAAGCCUUGCUCACUCUUAGUCAUGAAUCACAUGUUCAGAGGAGUGAUUUUAACAGUGACAACAUCCAGAGAUGUGUUUCUUGUAAUAGUCAUGCUGACUACAAGCACAUACAUGGUGAUUAUCCUGUUCAGACAUUGGAGGCAAUUCAAGCAUCUUCAUAGCAUCAGCCAGGUGAGAACAUCCCCUGAGAAAAGGGCCAUCCAGAUUAUUUUGGUGCUCGUGGUUUUCUUUGUGGUCAUGUAUUGGGUAGACUUCAUUAUCUCAAUGACCUCACUCCUGUUAUGGAGGUACAAUCCAUUCCUCUUGGCUGUUCAGAAGUUUGUGAUGAAUGCCUAUCCCACAAUUACUCCAUUGGUGCAAAUCAGUUUUGAUAACAGAAUAAUAAUUCUGCUGAAAAACUUGCAGUCAAAAUGCCACCACAUAUGUUUUUAA